UUUUUUUAUUUAUUUAUUUUCUUUAUCCUCUAGUUAUCAUGAGCACUACGUUUUCUCCUAAUCUUCAUAGAUUAUCGCCUGGAGAUAUGUGGCUCCCUGAUCAAAGAGCCUCUUCUCUCAUCACAAAUGAUCUUGCAAAGCAACAAGCUAAUUUACCCAACUCUAGUUUUUUGGCCAUGAGUGAAAAUAGCUCUACAACAUCCUCCUCUAAUUCCUCUGUAUUAUCCAACAAUCUUUCCCGCCAAUCAUCGAUUGCCAGUAAAAGACACCGUGCAGACACAGCAAGCUUGAAAGAAUAUGGCGAAUGCUACAGACGAUUAGGUCAAGGUACAGCAGCCGUUGUGAUGGUUAUUCGUAAGCUUGGAGAAGAUGGUCGAUCUGAAAAGCUCUAUGCCAUCAAACAAUUUCGCAAAAAGCAAAAACAUGAAAGUGAGAAGGAAUACAUGAAGAAACUGACCAGCGAAUUCUGCAUUUCCUCCACCUUUUCUCAUCCCAAUGUGGUGCAGACCAUUGAUCUUGUCUUGGACGAUAAAAAGCGGUAUUGUACUGUCAUGGAGUAUUGUCCUGGUGGUGAUUUGUUUACAAUCAUCAUGACAGAACGCAUGUCAGAAACAGAAAAAGUAUGUUGUUUCAAACAACUGCUUCAAGGUUUAGCCUAUCUGCAUUCCAUGGGUGUUGCUCAUCGUGAUAUCAAGCCUGAAAACCUUUUGCUGACCAUGGACGGUAAACUCAAGAUCACAGACUUUGGUGUCUCUGAUGUCUACCGUUUUCCUUGGGAAUCCAAAGGCCGCCAAAGUCGGGGUCUUGUCGGCUCUGAACCUUAUAUUGCCCCCGAGGCUUUUGAACAAAAGGAGUAUUGGGGCUCUACCGCAGAUGUCUGGUCCGCCGGUAUCGUCUUCUAUUGUAUGUGGGUAGGUGGACUUGCAUGGCAUAAGGCAAGAAAGACAGACAGUGCCUAUUGUGGUUACAUCCGUGCAUUUGAAAAGAACCAGAUAUUUGAUUUGUUUAAAACGUUGGGCCCAAAUGAAAGAAGAAUUUUACAUCGCAUGUUGGAUCCUCAUCCUAGUCAUCGUAUCACUACAGCCGAACUCUUAAGAGAUCCUUGGAUUCAGUCUAUCUCAACCUGUGAAAAUUCGAUUGAUAUUGUAUCAGGGAAACAACACAAACACACAGAAGGUAUUCAACCUAUAUGUGUUCUCAGCAAAAAAUAAGCCCAUAAACCCCUCCCUCCCUCCUCCUCCAAAGAGUAAUAAUAACUAGACCAGCCUCAUUCUCUCAUUCAUGUUCUAUAUACCAUCUUAUAUCAUUCCCAUCUUUAUGUAUAUUAUAUGCAACUUCAUUUUAUUUUUAUUUUUUUUAUAUAUGCUAAAUAUGUAUGUACAUUUCAAUAAAACCAUUCUUCUCGCUGCAAAUUAACAAAAAAGAAACCGCAGCAUUGUUUGUAAUUAAUCAA